UUAAUACAUAGGCAACGCACGGCGCGGACACGCUCUCUCCUUUUCUUUAAAGGGACAUUGCGAAAACCUUAGGUGAAAGCAGGAAAGAUUUUGGGAAAAUUCGUUUCACUUUAACCUUGAGUUUAACGAACUUCUAGAACGUGCGAUAAACAUCCACUUUAUUUCAUAAUACCAUUCCCUCCGAAAAUAAAAGCCCAGUUCACAUAAUCCACGUCAUCAAUUCCUAGUCAAUUAUAAAUUAAUAUUGCCUACCUUGCCUAUAGUGUACCUGUCCCGACCUAUUGCAAGUGUCCCGACUCAGUGAAAUUACUGUGACCCUAAGUCCCUCUGUAGAUAUGAAAGAAAAAGAAAUAGAGAGGAAAAAGAAGUCGGACAAAGAAAAGGAGGAACAAGAGAGAAGUAAGAAGGAAAAAGAAGAGGAAGAAGGAAAAGAAGAAGAAGAAGUAUUACUAGGCCCCCUUGGAACCUCCGAUCGGGGAGGACCCGGGUCGCCUGCAGUCGCGAGCAGACGACGCGCGAGCAGACGACCUCGCUGGCCCACCAUGGCGACGCUGUUGGUGUGCCGUGUGAAUGUUAUCUCGGCUCUCAAGACCUUCUGCAGGACCUACGGCACUUCUGCGAUCCGAGGGGCACAAUUACAGUCACAGUACCCUAAAGAAGUCAAGAUUGUUGAAGUUGGCCCACGAGAUGGACUGCAAAACGAAAAGGCCCUCGUGCCAACAGAUGUAAAGAUUGAAUUUAUUAAUAUGCUGUCUCGAGCUGGACAUAAGGCUGUGGAGGUGACCAGUUUCGUAUCUCCAAAAUGGGUCCCACAAAUGGCAGAUCACAGUGAAGUGUUAACUGGAAUUAAACGUUUUAGUGGUGUCUCCUAUCCUGUAUUGACACCCAAUCUGAAAGGAUUUCAGGCUGCAGUAGCAGCUGGUUGUGAGGAAGUGGCGAUCUUUGGAGCUGCCUCGGAGACAUUUAGCAAAAAGAAUAUAAACUGCAGCAUUGCUGAAUCCUUACAAAGAUUUCAAGCUGUUAUGGAUGCUGCAAGGGAGUCUGGGAUUCGUGUAAGGGGUUAUGUCUCCUGUGUGUGUGGGUGUCCCUAUGAAGGCCCAGUUGAUCCCAAGGCAGUAGCAAAA